AGACAUGUUGCAACAGAUGGUCUCAGCAGCAGCGGCGGCUGCGGCACUGCUGAACUCUGGGACGCCGUUAACCUGAGAGGAAGAGGAGGGAGGGAGGAGGUGUCGGAAAGUCCGUUCUGUGGAAAACUUCUUCUUCCUCCUCCUCCUCAGGCAGACAGGAAAAACAUGUCAGUGUGAGCAGAAGUUUUAGUGGAUUUGGAAAUGGGAGCAACGUUUGCAGUGUCUGAUCCAAUCCUUGAUCUUCUUCUUCCUCCCCGUCCUGUCAGAGAGGAGAACACCUGCUGACAGCCCAGACGAGCAGAAGGAGGUCUGUGCCGAGACCAGCUCUGUGAAACCUGCAGGAACUGAGCAGGUAACACACCUGAACAUUAACACCAAACCUCUGAUGGUCUGCAGGGACAUAAACUGCUGCUUCUGCACCAAGACCAUAAGGACAAAACACCUGAACCAGCUAGUGUUGAGGUUGAAGGAGCAACAGAUCACUUGACGCUUUAAGAAAAGCCAGGCUCAUUAGCGGCCAUGGCGGCCCGACUCCUCCUCUUCCUGUUCGUCUCAGUGGCGCUCAGCGAAGCUCAGUUUACUUCUGGACAGCGACUGAAGCCUCGCAUCCAGAGAGACAGACGCAACAUCCGUCCGAACGUCAUCCUCAUCCUGACGGACGACCAGGACGUGGAGCUUGGAUCCAUGCAGGUGAUGAACAAAACCCGCCGCAUCAUGGAGGAGGGCGGGACCUUCUUCUCCAACGCCUUUGUGACCACGCCCAUGUGCUGUCCGUCACGUUCGAGCAUGCUCACUGGGAAGUACGUCCACAACCACAACACCUACACCAACAACGAGAACUGCUCGUCAUUGUCAUGGCAACGCCAGCACGAGCCGCGGACCUUCGGCGUGUACCUCAACAGCACGGGAUACAGAACAGCUUUCUUCGGGAAGUAUCUGAAUGAGUACAACGGCUCAUACGUCCCAGCUGGAUGGAGGGAGUGGCUCGGUCUGGUGAAGAACAGCCGUUUCUACAACUACACGCUGAGUCGCAACGGUGUCCGGGAGAAGCAUGGAGCUCUGUACCCUCAGGACUACUUGACAGACCUGAUCACAGCCGAGUCCAUCCGGUAUUUCCGCUCCUCAAAGAGGGUUUACCCUCACCGGCCGGUUCUGAUGGUUCUGAGCCACGCAGCACCACACGGACCCGAAGACUCGGCACCACAGUACAGCAACGCCUUCCCUAACGCGUCACAACACAUCACUCCCAGUUACAACUACGCCCCAAACCUUGACAAGCACUGGAUCAUGCGUUACACCGGCCCCAUGAAGCCCAUCCACAUGGAGUUCACCAACGUCCUGCAGAGGAAGCGGCUGCAGACGCUGCUGUCUGUGGACGACAGCAUGGAGAAGUUGUACAACAUGCUGGUGGAGACGGGCGAGCUGGAGAACACCUACAUCAUCUACACAUCUGACCACGGCUACCACAUCGGACAGUUCGGCCUAGUUAAAGGUAAAUCCAUGCCAUAUGAAUUUGACAUCAGAGUCCCGUUCUACAUCCGAGGACCCAACGUGGAGCAAGGCAGCAUCAACCCUCACAUGGUCCUGAACAUCGAUCUGGCUCCGACCAUCCUGGACAUCGCCGGCCUUGACACGCCUCCGGACAUGGACGGAAAGUCCGUCAUGUCCCUGCUGGACACGGACAAACCUGCCAACAGGUUUCAGGUGAACAGGAAGCCGAAGGUGUGGAGAGACUCGUUCCUGGUGGAGAGAGGGAAGCUGCUCCACCAGCGAGUGGAGGGGAAGGAGGUGUCUCAGGAGGAGAACUUCCUGCCCAAACACCAGCGAGUCAAAGACCUGUGUCAGAGAGCCGAGUACCAGACGCCCUGCCAGCAGACCAAACAGAAGUGGCAGUGUGUGGAGGACGCCUCGGGAAAACUGCGGCUCUUGAAAUGCAAGAAUGAAGGGAGCGGGACCAAAAGCUUUGAAGGGGGCGUGGUCAAACUUCAGCAUCCAAUCAGCAUCAAAUCUCAGCUGUACCUUUCUAACUGGGACGCCUGCAACUGCGACUUCACUGACCUCCAGCCAACGAACGUCCGACCCUCCACAAUGAGGUCGUUCAAGAAGAAAUUGUUCUUCUCCAAGAAGAAGUUUAAAACCUUGAAAAGCUACUCAAGGAACCGCUACAGCCGCUCCCUGUCCGAGUUGAAUGGUUACCCUGGUAACCAGAGCCUGGUGGGCGGAGCCAAUCAGAACGAGCCUGAGGACGAGUUCAGUGGGAUGGGGGGAGUUCCUGACGCAGUGCCGCCAUCUAAUGCCGUCAAAGUGACUCACAGGUGCUCCAUCCUGUCCAAUGCCACCGUGAAGUGUGACACCGGAGUUUAUAAAUCUCUGCAGGCGUGGAAGGACCACAAGCUGCACAUCGACCAUGAGAUCGAGACUCUGCAGACCAAGAUUAAGAACCUGAGAGAGGUCAGAGGUCACCUGAAGAAGUCCCGCCCCCUGGAGUGUGACUGCAAUAAGUACCUGUACAAAGCCAAGCUGAAGAAGAAGCUUCGCUUCGGAGGAGAAGGAGGAAGAGGCCUUCAUCCCUUCAGGAAGGGUGGUUCUUGGAAUAAGAAGAUAUGGCUUCAGAAAGAGCAGAAGAGGAGGAAGAAGAUGAGGAAGAUGAUCAAGAGGAUUAGAAACAAUGACACGUGCUCGAUGCCCGGACUCACCUGCUUCACACAUGACAACCAGCACUGGCACACUCCCCCCUUCUGGACAUUGGGACCCUUCUGCGCCUGUACCAGUGCCAACAACAACACAUACUGGUGUCUGAGGACCAUCAACGAGACCCACAACUUCCUGUUUUGUGAGUUUGCCACCGGAUUCCUGGAGUAUUUUGACUUGAGCACAGACCCGUACCAGCUCAUAAACGCCGUCAGUUCGUUGGAUCGGACGGUUCUGAAUCAGCUCCACGUCCAGCUGAUGGAGCUUAGAGGCUGCAAGGGUCACAAGCAGUGCAAUCCUCGAACGCGCUCAGUGGAGCUGGUGGUCCAAUCUGGGAUGGCUGGAAGGGCUAAGCUUCCUGAUUGGCUGACACCAGCUCCAGACUCCACCCACCGCAGCCGUCUGAAGGAGGACAACGCCGUCAUUGAGGUGACAUCACAGAUCGACCACCACGCCCCUACCCCAGCCGUCAGCCAAUCAGCUUCUGCAAUUUUUGUGACACAACUUGGAGAGAUGCUGGGAGGAAAUGCUCAACGCACCUCUUUAUCAUCUGCUCCUCCCUCCUCUUCCUCCUCUCCCCCAGGCUGCUGCUGUCUCUCUGAAGAGGAGGAGGAAGGCUCUGGGUGGAGGAGCCAGGGGAAGGAGAAACAUGAGGAGGUGGAGGAGAUUUGUUUUUAACAUUUAAAAGUCCAUUUUCCCUGCGUUUUUCCUUCCAGGUGGUUUUCAAUGACACGUUGGAGACAACGCUGCCAGAUAAAUUCCUCGCGCUCGUUUCUUUGGGGGUUUAAUUAAUUUAGUUAUUUUAUCUUCUUUGAUUUUUAGUUCAAUGUGAGAAAACAGGUUUCUUCUUUUUAAAAAGAUGAGCCAAAAUACUUUGUCCUCCUCCUCCUCAGAUGGCUUCCCAUUGGCCACCUUCAUGUCAUGUGUUUGUAUUUAGUCUAACAGUUUGCAAAGACGUUAAAGGACCAGUUCAUGUCUGAUGUCACCACUAAUGUGGUCAUUUGACUUCCUCCUUUAACUUUACUGUUGUUACCAUGGUGACCGAAAGCAUUCCUGAUGACAGAUCUACAGUUGUACUAACCAGGUGACCAACUACAGUUCCCAUGGUGUGAUACUGCUGCCGCCCCAAGAGGACGAUAACGACAUGAACCUUUCUGAGUGGAGGAGGAGUCUCUGGAUUUCUCAUGAGCCAAUCAUAGAGAGGACUCAGUGAUGAUGAUGAUGAUGAUAACUCAUUUUUUGUCUGUUUUUCUUUUGCUUUUUAACCAUCCAGUCACCUUCCUCCUCCUCAGUUUUCUCCUUGGGGUUGAUGAAAGUACAGAUGGUGAGGAUGAAAAAUGGAUUCACACAGGAAAGUCCUACCUGUCAACUUCACAUGUCUUCAUACAGAGAACACAUUCAUAAUUAAAAUAGUUUCUGUUCAGUAAUUAAUUAGUUCAGAUGUAACACAUAGAAGAAAAUAUAGAUUCUGGUCCAUAAAAUAUAGAAAUAUUCCUCCUCUGUUCGGCAGGAAAUUUGUCUGCAGUUUUAAUUCUUGGUUUUCCUACAUUUCCCACAAUGCCUUCAUGACAAUGUGAAGUUGCUGUUGAUUUUUCUUUAAAUUCAACAUACAUCAGCUUUUCCUGUUAGCUCUGUCAGGAACCAGAAGCUGAUGAGUUAUUGAAGAACCUCAGACUUGGAAAAGGCUGAGUCGUGGUUGCUACGGCGAUUCCCUCCUUUUCUGGGUCACAGCAUCAUAUCAGAAACAUUGUUAGCCUAUGAGACUCCAAACCCUCUGGUGUCCUAACAUGUAGGUCUUUGUGGGACGGACGUUCCCUGGAUGGGGAACCGACAGGUUCAAGCAAGCAGCAAACGGCGAAAAUGCUGCAAACACAAAAAACAACGCAACAGAGAAGGUCCGUCUUCCUUCAUGUCUUUUUUAAGUAAGUGGUUGUAACAUUUUACAAUGUUAAAGAACAGCAGCAUAUUUACGUCGGUAUUAUUAGUGAUCGACUCCCCCUAAUGGUCUGGUGCACUUGUUUUGUGGAGCGAGUUUGCAGAUUUUCUUAACUUAGCUUUUAUUUUUGCUGCAUUUUUCCCUUUGCUUCUUUAUGCUGUGAUUGCAGCGUUUUUCUUUGCGUUGGAUUUUUGUGUUUGUGUGUUUUGGAGUUUGCAUCACUCAUUUGUUACCACCGUUUUCGGCCGUUGUUGCGCCUUUAGCUGUUUGCUACACGUUUGCACCUGUCGGCCACCGUAGAAAUAGAACCUGCAGGUUCGGUUUCUACAGAACCAUUCAGAGCUGUGUGGGCGUGUCUCUUCACUCUGGGCUCUGAUUCGACGGAAAACUAAGUCCUCCAGUAGUGAGAGACACCCUGGGUGGAAGGAGACAGAAGAACCUAUGAUUGGAUGAAGAAACUGUGGCCAUGAAAGGAGGUUAAAUCCAAAACGCUCUGUAUAUUUCACCGGGUCAGAACCUGAACAUUUUGUGGGAAAAUCCUGAAACUUAAAUUGUGAUUGUGGAAGAACUGGAGAAGGGAUAAAAAUGAUAACUGAGCCAGAUAAAGCCCUCCUUUUGGUAAUGGUUCUGAUGGAAAGGAUGGCUGAGAUAUGAAGGUCCAAACCUCCAACAAUAAGAAGAGAUGUGCAGAUAGUACAGUGACUCAUGUUUAAGUCUUUUGCCUUCAGUGUCCAGCAGGAGAUGUAAUGGAUGUAGUGAUCACUUUAUGAUGCUGUAGAUGCUUCUUUAACAGACAGUUCUGUCUGUCGCAGAGGAAACUGUUCAAACCUUUUUUGUUCCCACAUCUUGGAAAAAGUUCUAUGUUUCUGAACCAAACAGAGCAGAACUGUUACAUGGUCCUUUUAAUCUGCCGGUUUGUCCCUUAUAGUGAGCAGGUGCCUCGUGUUCCUUUUAAUGAAACAAAACUUAACAUGUUUUAUUUAUUCUCUGUAGUAAAGGCCCAUUUUGGCCCUUUUGGCUUUAGAAAAAUUAAUUCAACCUGGUUUUUAAAUCGAGAGCACUUACUAUAUAGUCUGUUGCUUUUAUCCACAUUAAAAUCCAUCGUCUAUAUCUGCUCAUCAUGCAGGGUCACAGGGUGCUGGUAUCUUUUUCCAGUGGUUAACCUAACAGUCAUGUCUUUGGACUGUGGGAGGAAGCUGGGGUACCCUGAGAGAACCCACACAUGCACAGGGAGAACAUGCAAACUCCAUGCAGAAAGAGGCCAAGCAAGACACCAGCACUGCCAGCUGUUCCACCGUGCAGCUCAUUCAAAUACAUGUUAAAGUUAAAUAGAUUUUAGGUAAAAAUUGUAUUCAGUGACACAACAAAUGUCCUUUUACUUUUUUAUCUGUUAUUGAAUCCAGAAUAUAUUUGUUUACAGCAGAAUAUCAGUGGUUAUUAUUUUUGACUCUGACAUCUUCAGACCUGAUGAAUAAAACUGCAGCAGCUGCAGGGUUAAAAAGCCAUCACAGGUGCAGUCCAUCAGGUGGGGUCCAUCAGGUGGGGUCCAUCAGGUGGGGUCCAUCAGGUGAGGUCCAUCAGGUGAGGUCCAUCAGGUGAGGUCCAUCAGGUGGGGUCCAUCAGGUGGGGUCCAUCAGGUGGGGUCCAUCAGGUGGGGUCCAUCAGGUGAGGUCCAUCAGGUGAGGUCCAUCAGGUGGGGUCCAUCAGGUGAGGUCCAUCAGGUGGGGUCCAUCAGCCCACCUCAUCUAAACAUUUGAUUCUAACAGGGACAAAAUGCAGCUCUAUGCUUGUUGUGUUUUUACUGAUUUAAUCAUUUUGUUCGGAUCUAUAAAGGUAAACGUUGGGCUCAAUCAUUUCCAGUUGGAGGAGAAUCUGACCCAGAGGUUGAAUGGAAGUUAUUAAUAUGUGACUUAGAGACCUGAACCUGCUGGUUUUUAUCUUCCAGCAGAAGCUUCAGCUUCAAACUGUUGGUGGAUUUUCUUUCUUUCCUGUGUGAAUUCAGUCAGUCUCAGUUUGUUAUCAGUUCUUCCCGUCUGACACCAACCCCGACUGUGUUUGAAUGUAUCUAAAAGUUUAGAUGUUUUUAUUUGUAAAGAAUGGACCCGGUUCUGACUGGACGGGCACAGAAGGACAAACUGCAGAGCACUUUGAGUGAUAGAUGGUUGUUACAGCCACCCACUGACCUGUGGAUACACUGAUCGCUGAUUUUAGUCUGUGAAUAAAGUGUUGAAUGCCAAACUGUA